UACGAUAUAGGUACACGAAAGUGUUUUAUUAAGUUAAUUUGUUUAUUAACUAUUCACAACGAUGUGUUGUUUAUCUUAUAAGUGUUACACAAAUUAAUUAUAAACGAUGAAGUCCUUUAAAUUAAUCGUUCAUCAAUCUAGUUUUAGUACGGAAGACCUUAUAAUCAAUCUUAAGGAUUAUCCUGGAUUGAAAGAAAAGGAUAUUAUAGAAAUUUAUCACCCCGAAAAUGAUUACCCACGACUUCUAUUACAAGUUACUAAAGUGGAUGCUCCAGGUCGAGGAAGAGAUACAAUUAGUGUGGAACAAAGCAUCGCAACAACAUUUCAGUUAAGAACCUUUGCCGAUGUUUAUGUAAAUAUUGUAAAUGUGGCAGACGUGGCUUUGGAUUCAGUAGAAUUAACAUUCAAAGAUCAGUACUUGGGAAGGUCUGAAAUGUGGAGAAUAAAAAACCACUUAGUGAGCUCUUGUGUCUAUCUCAAUAAAAAGAUUGAGUAUUGUGGUGGAGCCGUAAGAUGUCAAGUGUAUGAAAUGUGGUCUCAAGGAGACAGGGUUGCCUGUGGUGUUAUAACAGAAGAUACGAAAAUUGUAUUUAGAUCGUCCACAUCAAUGGUCUAUCUGUUCAUACAAAUGUCAUCCGAAAUGUGGGAUUUUGAUAUUCAUGGAGAUCUAUACUUUGAAAAGGCUGUAAAUGGAUUCCUUGCAGAUCUUUUUGCUAAAUGGAAGAAAAAUGGUAGUAAUCACGAAGUAACCAUUGUGUUAUUUUCUAGAACAUUUUACAAAGCUAAAACUUUGGAAGAAUUUCCACAACACAUGAAAGAAUGUUUGCAAAAAGAUUACAGGGGCAGGUUUUAUGAAGAUUUUUAUAGGGUUGCAGUACAAAACGAGAGAUAUGAGGACUGGUCUAACGUACUACUCCAACUGAGACGGCUCUUCACUGAUUACCAAAAGAUUGUAUUGCAGUAUCAUGAGAGGCCUAACAUAGAAAUACCAACAGCUAUAAAUUCAACCGCAGCUCAAGGAAACUUCCUAGAAGUUCUUAAUAUGAGUUUAAAUGUGUUUGAAAAACAUUACUUGGACAGAUGUUUUGAUCGUACUGGUCAAUUGAGUGUAGUGAUAACACCAGGGGUAGGUGUAUUUGAAGUAGACAGAGAACUGACAAAUGUAACAAAACAAAGAAUCAUAGACAAUGGAGUUGGAAGCGACCUUGUCUGUGUAGGAGAACAACCCUUGCAUGCAGUACCUUUACUAAAAUUCCACAAUAAAGAUAAUAAUAUGAACUCAAUAGAUGAUUAUUCCAUGCCACAUUGGAUAAAUUUAUCUUUCUAUUCGACAAAUAAAAAGGUAGCAUAUUCGAACUUUAUUCCAAGGAUUAAACUACCACCACGGAAAAGUCAAGAGCCUUUGAAGAAAAUGUAUGAGGAUGAAUAUAAAGGGAGGAAAUUGGUAAAGGAAGAUGACUAUAAUAUGCACAAUUCAAUGUUUGAUUAUGAUGCAUAUGAUGCGGAAAUUUUCCAAUUACCCCCAGCACAUAGUACUUGUGUAGAGAAAGUGACUCGUACUAAAAAGACAUCAGAAGCAGGCUUAGAAGGUAUACGAAGUCCCUCUACCAUCCAUCAUAGAAAGAUGUCCGAUCCUGAUAUACACCACAGUCUUGGGUCAGACAUUCUAUCAAGUAGCAAGCCUUAUUUCAACGAAGCGGGUAGUGACGUCACCGACUCUCCAGUAUCAUUAAACCGUCUCUCACCUCGUAGUUCCGUAUCAAACAAACCUGUGAAAAGAACUGGAAGGGCGCUUAUAAAUCCCUUCGACCCUUCACAUGUUACCGUCAAACUGACUAGCAAUCGACGACGUUGGACUCAUAUAUUUCCUAAAGGUCCAACUGGAGUGCUAAUACAACAACAUCACUAUCAAGCGAGGCCGGCGGGUGAACCGACUUCAAAGACGGACGUAAAUCGUGAAAACAUUAUGAGCAAGGAAAAUGGUUCUAUUAGUAAUAACCACCCUGUUUAUCAAGUUGAUGGCAAUAUUAUAGGUCGCAAACGUAUGAUAAGUACUUCUGGAGCAUUAAGUAUUCUAGGAGCUGCGUUAAGUACGCCAUCCACAACGAACAACGCAUCGCUCGCGUUACUAUGGGGAGCUACAGGAGAACAGGAGUGGACGCCGGCUUUAACUACCGCGAACCGAGCCAUAGGCGUGGAUUGGAAGUCACUAACUAUCCCGGCGUGUCUACCAAUAACAACUGAUUAUUUUCCGGAUAAAAGGUCACUCCAAAAUGAUUAUCUAGUAUCGGACUACAAUCUCUUGCCCGACGAUGUGAAUGCGGAUUUCGCUAAGAACAGAGCUAUUUAUAAAGAACCACUUACCACGAUGGAGGUUUUUAAAGAGUUGGUGUCGCAACGAUUGGCGCAGGGAUUCCAGUUGAUAGUGGGCGUGAACGAGAGCGAGGUGACGGAGGCGCACUUCCCGCCGCCGCGCUGCCCGCCCGCCGCCGCGGCGCGCCGCCACCUGCUGUCCAUCGGCCGCGUCUUCCACAAGCUGUCGCUCGUGGGCUCCACCAUCACCGUCACGCGCUACCGCCCGAGACAUCCCUAUCCGCCUUUCAAUAUCCACUACAGAUAUCGUUUCCACGCACCCAACCAUGACACCUACGAAGUGUCGUGGGUUUCCUUCUCUACUGAGAAGCUUGAAAAUUACAACUGGAACUACAUGGACCACUACAUAUGUACACGAGGCGAUACUGACUUUGCUCUCGUCGAGCCUCUUAAAUAUUGGCGGUUCCGUACACUCCUCUUACCGCUGAUCAACCCGGCCACUAAAACUAUUCUGGAGGACGAAUCGACCCACUGUGACAUUUAUCCGACGCCAACAAGACAGGACUUGGAUCAACUCACUGAAGGAUUCCUAAAAAUGACGGAAUCUUAUUUUAAUAAAGUCAAAAGACCGAACAAGCAGAGGGUGGCGACGACUUGCGGUUCUUCAGAGACGGCGCUAACAAGGCGGCGGCACUCCACCUCAAACCUCACUCGGAACGCGCAGGGCGGGAUGUCCAGCUCUCCCUUCAGAGAGCGCGUCGGCAGCACUCGGUUACCCGAUCGUCCUCGGCUUCGGAUCGAAGCUAUAGCUGCAGCAAAUAAAACAGUUUUAGAAAGGUCGCAAUCGCAAUCAAAUGAAUGCGAUGAUACAUAUGAUGAUGGAGUAAUAGAACCAAAGUUGAAAGCAAAUGCAACACUAAUAGAGAUCGUUGACAGAAUGCGUAGUCCAAGUAUAGGUGUAGGCUUUCUUCAACAGACCGUCAGUUUGCCUUCGCAUACAUUUGUUUCAAUUUAUGCGAUUCACUGGCUUCAGGCCAAUAUGGAAAACAUGACAUACGAAAAGGCUACAAGUUGUAUGGAGAGACUUUUACGUGAAAAAAUGAUAUGUCACGCGUCCGGUGAUACAGUUAAACGAUUUAUAGUCGGUUAUUAUAUGUAUCACAUCUUGCCACAGAAGAAAGACAAAGAAUUGACGGACUACGUGAAACCUUUGGGAGACUUACAAAGCUUUGAAAACGAAUGGAUGGAAGUCGAAGUUUUAGGACCAAGAUCACCUUUACUGUCCUCUGAAGUCAUGGGAGCUAUAGAUAUUUCUGGAAAUUCAGUAACCGAUGACUCUGAUAUGCCGGCUUUUCUUUGUGAUAAUAUUGAUCCUAAUUAUAUGGAUAUGGAAAAUGAUGACUUGCCUUUGUAUAAGAACACUCAUCUCGAUAUAGAUGUGAACAAUAAGAGUGAUCGCAUAGAAUGGGGUCACGCGCGUUAUCAAGCUACCUUCAGACCGGACCAGGCUUUCGAAAUGUGCAUUCAGUGGGCUAUCGCCAGUGGCAAUAUUGUUGCUGAAUUGAUAAUUGGUUGGGCUCGUAAAGCUCCAAGUUGUCGCCUUCAAAUGGUUCCAAUCCCAGCGGAUCCUUUAGCACUACCCUUUACUGAAAAAUCUGAUCCAUUAAGAGGCCCCAUAUAUGUGCCCUUAAAUGAAGAACCUUUGUUAAGAGGCAAAACGGCAUUGUUCGAAGGUUUCCCUGAAGAAACGUGGCUGGAACGAUUAUUUCUCUUCCAAGAGGCGAUAGUAGGUCGUUUCGGGUUUAUUAAAUGUACGGUAGAGAGUACGUCUCACGCGGCGGGCGUGGGUGACCAUCUCUAUGUCCACGUGACCGGUAACAUGUUCAUACUCAUCCCGACUACGGUCAAGUCGGAGCAGAAGGGACUAAAGACGAAGCCGGUUAACAAGAUUUUGGAUUACAGAUAUCCUGUACAUGAGGCUGCUCCGAGUCCACAUGAAGGUUACAUAACAAGACACGUCAGUGGGAAAAAUAAAGACGAUUACGAUAAUAGUCGGCGGAUGGGCUUUUUAUGGUCAUGGAAUCAUAUGAUAUCGAAGAAAUGGAAAUGGCCUCAGACUCCAGCUGUAGGAGAUGAAAAUUUCCAGAUGCGUAUGUUACGCGAUUUUAAACAUUUUUGUGCCAAUCAUGAACAAAGGUUGAGCCAGUUUUGGGAUCAGUGCUGGGAAAUUCGAGAGAAAGCUAAAGGAAUCAAAUGUUUUUAAAUGUCUAUAGAUUUUUAUUAAAAUUUUAUAUUUCA